CUGCGGAUCCGCGAAAAAGUCGAUAGGUUCGCUUUUGCGCCGAGAUCCGAGUUUCCCGCAAUGAAAGGCGAUAUUUUUUCGAAAUAACUAAGUCGCGGCUGCAUCGCGAAACCGCCGAUAACAAAUUCUCCCAAAUAUCAAAGUUUAUCAGCGUGCGGCAAACAUCAGGGCAAGGCCGCCCCGAUUACUAGCAGCGUGACGUUCGUUUAUCGCGAUUUUGUCAAAUUUAUCAUACCGAUCGGUCAAAUCCUCACGAGACGCAAGUUUUUAUCGAUGGAAUGGUCGCGGCUUUGACACGGAUAAUACGAAAAUGAAGUUCUGACAAAAUUCAGCGUCGUGCCCUUUUUCCUCGUAUAGCCAAUAAAGACAUAGGCGAUGGAAAUUUGCGAGAAAUCGAUAAACCUGGAUGAACCGAGGUACGACCAAGAUACUUACCUAGGCAGGGCCAGACAUUUUUUUCUCACCACCAAUCCGCUAAACUUGUUCGUAUCCAGUUCCAAACUCGAAGAAGCCAGAUGUUUAGUCCAGAAAUACAAAUGUGGCGAAAUCGCCCCGGACACACUCACCGAAGAUGAACUGUGGCGGGCCAAAACCUUGUACGAUUCGGCGUUCCAUCCGGACACGGGCGAAAAGAUGGUCCUGAUCGGUAGAAUGUCCGCGCAAGUGCCGAUGAACAUGCUGAUUACCGGCGGGAUGAUUACGUUUUACAAAUCAGCCCCGGCAGUAGUCUUUUGGCAGUGGCUGAAUCAGUCGUUUAACGCGCUCGUGAACUAUACGAAUAGAAGUGGCGACGUAGUUCAGACAGAUAAGCAAAUCUUGACGUCAUACGCUUUGGCGACGACUGCGGCGGUGGGGACGGCUCUGGGUCUCAACAGUUUGGUGAAGAAGAUGCCCCCUCUCGUCGGCAGGAUGGUCCCCUUCGUGGCAGUGGCGGCGGCCAAUUGUGUCAAUAUACCGCUGAUGAGGGCCCAGGAACUUAGACACGGCACCCCCGUAUACGACAUAAACGGUAACAAAUUGGGGUACUCCAAGGUGGCCGCCCAGCAUGGUAUCGGACAGGUGAUCCUCAGCAGGAUAGCCAUGGCGCUUCCAGGCAUGGUGGUCACCCCGGUGGUGAUGGACUACUUGGAAAAAAGGGGCACCCUGUGCCGGUACCCCUGGCUGGCGUUGCCCGCCUCCGUCGGCAUCCUCGGACUCUGUUUGACGUGCGCGACACCAUUGGCGUGCGCGUUCUUCAAGCAAAAGGCGUCGAUUCCCUUUGCGCACCUCGAGGACGACCUGCAGGAAGAGGCGAGGAAAAAGCUGGACGUCGGCGGUAUCGAUAGGGUGUUCUACAACAAAGGGCUCUAAGUUUAAGCGACAAUAAUUUUUGUGUCUUCCUUAUAUCGUGUUAGUUGUUACUAAGCUGUUACUCAGGGUCGUUAUUUUUUUUAUCGAAAUACAGGGUGACUCCAAAAGUUAUAUAUCUAAAACCAGCUCUCUGAAAAAUCAACUGGAACUUUUAGAAGCACCCCGUAUAUUUAGGUGGCUAACAACGUACAACAAUUUAAAACUAUGCAAACGUAGGCGUCAAGUUCGUUAAGAAAUGGGCGAACGUCCCUGACAAACUGGCCCACGCCGAAGUAAGAAAGAAGGAAGAAGACUAAAAAAAAACGGGCCUAAAAAUUGACGAUUUUUUUUUGUUUAACCGGGUGUGUGACGAGUCGGUAAUAAAAGUCAAGC